AGCGGAGUCGCGGGGAUCGGCUGGGGAUGCCUGUAGCUCGGUGCUCGGGCUCGUGGGGCUGCGCAGAGCAGCUGCCUGCCUUGUGGCCCUUUGAGAGCAACUGAGCCGGUUCCGCUGCAGUGAGUUCCGGAGAGUCUGAGCGAGUCAGCGUCCUCUUUUUAAGACGAACGGUUCUUAGAAAGGUCCUGAAAGGAGAAGUUGAACGAAUAACGACAUCAAAUGUUAAUCCACUUUUAUUAGUUAACGGCGAGAGUAAAAGCAAACCUUUAGGAUCCUUCACCCAGGGUGGCCGCUGUAUUAACUGAUGAGGAGGUAGCAGGAUCCUUCUUGUUAAUUCAAGCCAAGUGAAUGAAAGUAAAACAUUUCGGUCCUUCACCUGAGAUUACCUGAUUUUAUUCUCGGGUCGCCUACUUUUUCUAAUAGUCAUGAUGUCACAAAAGAGCUCACCUGCUCAAAAAAGACCCCGUAAAAGCUUAUCUACCGGCAAAACUACGAAAAGCCAAUCUCAUUCCAUUACUUCGUAUUUUAACAGUGUACCACCUGCUAAACUUGCAUGUUCAAUUUGUCAUAAAAUGGUGCCCAGGUAUGACUUAAUCCGGCACCUUGAUGAGUCUUGUGCUAACAAUGGUGAAAUCGUUCAAAAUGAGCCUGCUCAGGCUGGUUUAAUUAACUCAACUGUGCCUACAUCAGAUUUACCCAGUACUCCUUUAGAAGAUAUGACACCUCAGAAGUUAUCACCACCAAAGAGACGUUUAAUCUCUGCCCAGUGUGGUUCAAAACUGGGCGUGCGACAGCAGACCAGUCCCUACUUUAAAAAAGCCUUGGUGUGCAAAAAUCAAAAUAAGCUUCCAAAUCAGAGUGUGGAAAUCAGGUCUUUGGGAAGUCUGUCAUCAAAACUGUCCAGAAGGUACGUAAAAGCUAAAAAAUCACUCUCUAAGAACGAGGGGCUAGCCAGUCAUUGCCCACCGACUUCUCCGUCCCCACCUGGCCCCAGCCUGGUUGAUAACUGUCCAGAGAUGGACAACAAAGAUGAGAUUUUAAACAGUUCCCAGAAGGAAAACAUUUACUCGUGUGCACCUCUAGAGGAAGAGACCGCUUCAGAACAGAAGGUAAAGAGCAGUAAAAGGAUGGGAGAUGGAAGUCAGAAAGCUUCCGGUGGGGAGCCGGCCCUCACGCCUGCAUCCCCAGAGCAGGCCCCCACAUUACUGUCCUCAGACUUAACUCUUGUCAAUAACACGGAUUCCUCUUCGGGAGAUGCUCUCGAACAAGAAGGUGCUGGAAGGGUAGGUGUAGGGGUUGAUGAACAGCUUGCGGCAUGCAGCCAUGAAGAAGUACAAAUGACUGUUGAUGCUGAGGUGGGAACGCUGGUGUCAGGGGGGGCGGAAUCAAACAGUCCUGCUGACAACGACGACGAUGACGCAUCUACAUGGAGUAACAACCCAGAGCUUAGGGAAGCUGGCAGUGCCUUAAAGAGACAAAGGGCUUGCAGUCCUCUGGAGCAGGGCGCCAGUUGUGUUCCCAGUGUGACAGCUCAACCCCAACCGAGUCACCCGUACUACCUGAGGAGCUUCCUGGUGGUUCUGCAGGCCAUCCUUGAGAACGAAGAGGACAUGAAGCUCUUCGAUGACCAGGAGAAGGGCGUUAUAGCUAAGUUUUACCAGCUGUCAGCCAGUGGUCAGAAGUUGUAUGUGAGGCUCUUCCAACGUAAAUUAACCUGGAUUAAAGUGAGUAAACUGGAGUAUGAAGAGAUUGCCUCGGACUUAACCCCUGUGGUUGAAGAAUUGAAGAACUUAGGCUUUCUACAGACAGAAUCUGAGUUGCAAGAACUCUCUGAUGUACUUGAACUCCUUUCUGCUCCUGAGCUGAAAGCCCUGGCCAAAACCUUCCACUUGGUGAGUCCCGGUGGGCAGAAGCAGCAGCUGGUAGACGCCUUCCUCAAACUGGCCAGACAGCGCUCAGUCUACACUUGGGGCAAGACUCAGCCUGGAAUCAGAGCGGUGAUUUUAAAGAGAGCUAAAGACUUGGCUGGCCCGUCCCUUCGAGUCUGUAAAGGCCCUAGGGCUGUGUUUUGCCGCCUCCUGCUUCUGUUCUCGUUGACUGAUACCAUGGAAGACGAAGAAGCUGCGUGUGGGGGUCAAGGUCAGCUGUCUACUGUGCUAUUGGUCAAUCUGGGCCGAAUGGAGUUUCCUCAGUACAGCAUCAGCCGGAAGACCCAGAUCUUCAGGGACAGAGAGGAUCUUAUCAGAUACGCAGCCGCCGCGCACAUGCUGAGUGACAUCUCAGCUGCCAUGGCCAGUGGGAACUGGGAAGAAGCUAAGGAGCUUUCUCAGAUUGCAAAGAGAGACUGGGACCAACUGAAAAGCCACCCUUCCCUGAGAUACCACGAGGCCUUGCCACUCUUUCUGCGCUGUUUUACUGUUGGGUGGAUCUACACAAGGAUUUCCUCUCGGGCUGUUGAAGUACUAGAGAGACUUCACAUGUACGAGGAAGCUGUCAAGGAACUUGAAAACCUCCUCGCUCAGAAAGUCUAUUGUCCUGACAGCAGAGGCCGCUGGUGGGACCGCCUGGCUCUUAACCUGCACCAGCACCUGAAGCGUCUGGAAGAGGCAAUUUGGUGCAUCAAGGAAGGCCUGGCAGAUCCACAAGUGAGGACAGGACACCGACUUUCUCUUUAUCAGCGAGCUGUGCGCCUUCGAGAGUCUCCGAGCUGUAAAAAGUACAGGCACCUAUUCAGCCAGCUGCCAGAAGUCACUGUGGGAGACGUUAAGCAUGUGACCAUCACAGGCAGGCUGUGCCCACAGCAUGGGAUGGGCAAGUCUGUGUUUGUCAUUGAGGGUGGAGACCCCACCAACCCCACCACAAUCCUGUGUUCUGUGGAGGAACUGGCACUGGACUAUUACAGGCGGAGUGGCUUUGACCAAGGGAUUCACGGAGAAGGGUCCACCUUCAGCACCCUGUGUGGCCUCCUGCUGUGGGAUAUCAUCUUCAUGGAUGGAAUACCAGAUGUCUUCAGAAAUGCCUACCAGGCCUCCCCCCUGGAUUUGCUCACAGACAGCUUCUUCUCAAGCAGGGAGCAGGCCCUGGAAGCCAGGCUGCAGCUGAUCCACAGCGCCCCUGCUGAGAGCCUGCGGGCCUGGGUGACUGAAGCAUGGCAGGCCCAGCAAGGCAGGGCGGCUUCUCUGGUCAGCUGGGAUCGCUUCACUUCCCUUCAGCAAGCUCAGGACCUUGUCUCCUGCCUCGGGGGUCCUGUCCUCAGCGGUGUGUGCAGGCGCCUGGCUGCUGACUUUCGGCACUGCCGAGGAGGCCUCCCUGAUUUGGUGGUGUGGAAUUCUCAGAGCCACCAUUGCAAGCUGGUGGAAGUUAAAGGCCCCAGUGAUCGCCUGUCAUGUAAGCAGAUGAUCUGGCUGGAUGAACUACAAAAGCUGGGGGCAGACGUAGAAGUAUGCCAUGUGGUUGCAGUUGGUGCUAAGAGCAAAGGUCUUGGCUGAAAGAUGUCACACUGGGGACAUCUGGCCAUCUACUGGGACAAGAUCUUCAAGUGGAUAAAAAUGUCACACUGAGGACAUCUGGCCAUCCACUGGGAUAAGACCUUCAGUCGGAUAAAAAUGUCACACAGGGGACAUCUGGCCAUCCACUGGGACAAGACUGUCAAGAGGAUAAAGCUAUUUGCACUGUGUCCACUUUGGCUUGCCCGACACCUGAGAUGGGCGGGUGGACUGUUGAAAAUGUAGAAGUCUGCAUGGGAGCUGUAGGAGCUGACUGCCUCCAUGUUGUUAAGCUUUUAAAAAAAAAGCCAGAGGGAAAAUGAACAUGGUGGACUUUAGUUGACACUUGAGCUUCUCUACUAAAUGUACUGGCAGUGCAACCCUUGAACUGGGGUUCUCUCAUGGUUAUCCAAGAAGGGCAGAGCCCAUAGGAAGUUUAAUUUCCUUAGGGGGAAAAGUAAGAACAACCAAAACCAAAUUCCUUAUUUAAAGGGAGGAAGGAUCCAGAGUACUUCAGGUGAGAUAUCACAAUCCGUAUCCAGCUUCGAGCUUUUGGAUUAUGUGUGAUUAAAAACCUGUGCCAAGAUGUUAGGGGAAAAAAUGCCCUCCUGAGGUACUCUGACUUGGUCAAAAAUGCCCUCCUGAGGUACUCUGACUUGGUCAAAAAUGCCCUCCUGAGGUAUUCUGACUUGGUCAAAGGUUGGUCUGGAGCCUCACUCUGCUCUCAGCUGACUGUGAGAUGGUUUACCUCAUAAAAAAAAAAAAAAAGUGAAAUAUCCCAUUCUUGAAAGUGAAGUCCGCUCUGUACUGACCGCGCUUCCUACUGCUCACCUCGCUGAGCCCAGUCCCAGCGCUCACAGCGAGACCUGUGCUCUGCCGCGCAUGUGCCAAGGAGCUGCCUAUCAGGUUACUUCAUGAGGCGACUGGCUCCCGAGUGCCAGGUCUAGAAGUUUAAAAGCCAGGGAGGUAAUAUGUGACCGUGGCUCCCAUGGUCACUAGGAAGCUGUGGGGGAGGACAGGAAUGUAGAAACUACAGUACAGUUACUAGAGGAUGGAGAAGGGGGAGGCCUUCAUUUAGAGAGUGAAAAUGUUUCUGCUAGUCAAAGCACAUUAUGUAGCUGGGAGUGGGGGCUCACACCUGUAAUCCCAGCAUUUGAGAGGCUGAGGCAGGAGGAUUACCUUGAGUUUAAGGUCAGACCAGGCUACAAAGUGAGACUGUCUCAAAAAAAGGAAAAGAAGCUCAUUAUGAGUGCUCUGGCCACUCUGCACUGUGGAACAAGCAGAUGAUAAACACACGGGUUGAUGUGUUGGGGAGGCACAGGCACUGGUUCCCAGGCCUAGUGAAGCCUAAGACCCACACAGGAGGGAACAGACUCCGAAAUUGACCUCUGAACUUCACCUUGUGUGCCACAGUAUACACAUACUCAUCUACACACAAUAAAUAAAAACGUGUUUAAGACAUUAACAACACUCAGUGGGCUUUGUUUAAAUUUGUGUGAUGUUUGGAGGUGGGCAUUGCAAUAAUUCUAUUGGCAGGUAUGAAAGAAAUAGCCACUCUGACUCCCAAAACUGAUCUCGGCGGCAGUGGGGGUGAAACAAAUUAUUUCAAGUGAGGAAGGAUCUGGAGUAUUUCAGUUGAAGUGUCAGAAAUAGUUUUCAACAGCAAAUGUUUGUAUGUAUGUAUAUAUAUAUUACACACACACACACUUUUUUUAAGUGAUACCGGUUUUUCUGAUCGCUUACAUUAAAAAAUAAAAUGCAGCUGUCUCAGAUUUUCAUCUCCCCUCUGUGCAGAAAGGUCCUAAGAAGGAGGCCCUCACAGGCAGAUGAGGAAGAGUCGGAAGCCACCUGGAUCCAGUGUCUGCAGAAAGAACUUUAGGAGGGUUCAGGCAGCAUGACAAAACCAGCUGUCUGUCCCUGCCUGCUGGCAGCUGGCUUUUGCUUGAUUGACAGGGGCAGAUUUGGAGUAGGGCUUUAGGUCACCCAUGCUGGCCUCGAACUCCUCUACCUUCACUACCAAGUGCUGGGUCUCAGGAUUCUGCCACACACCUGGCUAGCUUAUCACGCACUCUCCACCAUUUGAGUUUCCUCGUCAGUCGUCCAGUGUGCAGAUCUGUGUCUCAGUUUUUAAUCGUGUCAUGUUUUCAUGAACCCUUGUUUUUGAGUUCUUCCUAUAUUUUGGUUCUUAGUCCGCUACUGGAUGUGAAGUUGGUAAGGCUCCUUUUCCCUCUCUCUAGGCUGCCGCUUUGGACGGCAGUGUCCUUUGCCGUGCGGAAGCUUCUCAGUUUCAUGAGGUCCCAUUUGUUAUAUUUAUUGUUUGCUUGCUUAUCUUGGUAAACCGAUGAAUUUUUAUUGGGGUUACUAACAGAAGUGUGGGUGAUAGAACAAAGAUGACUCACAAAAGCAGCCGUACCCCCUGAAAGCCCACCUCCCACCCAGGCGACACUCCUGGGAGCUGGAACCCGACUCUGCACAGCCUGGGGUCAGGCGGCUCUGUACAGAGUCUCCUCUCUGCCAGCAGCCGUUUACCCCAUCUUAAAGUACUGCAGACAGGAUUUUGAGAAGCUUGUGAGCACUUUCCCAGUCGUGUGGCAUUCUGUCCAUUUCCUGAGUCCCCUGAACCUCCUAAGGCCCCCAGAAAUGAUUUGAUUCUCAUAUACUGCUACACCACACUCCAUACUGCUCACCCAUCUGUCUCUCAUCAGCUUCCUUCAUUGAAGGUCUAGCGAUGAAUGGUGACUCACCCAGCCACUUUGCCUAUUCAGAGAGCCGAGCUCAACACAAGUUAUUAUUAUUAUUAAGGCACCCGUCUAUUCAUCUUACGAUGAUACAUUCAAUAUUUUCUCUGGCUUAUCAUGCACCGAUGUUAAAUGCACUUACGGUGAAAUCUUUAGUAUUCUUUUUAGUAUGUUUUUGAGGUUAUCUCCGUUAUGUUUCUAAAAUGUCUCUUAACAUUUUAUUUAACAUAAUGGGAUAUUAUUACUAUGAUUUAAAAAUAAUGCAGUAUUAUCAGAAUAACAUGGAUAAGCCUGAAGGACAUUAUGUUAAAUGAUAUAUAUAAGAAAUGAAAUAUAUGAGUUCCUGUUUAUUAAUUUUUGAACUUAGUGACUGUGUUAACAGUGUUCUGUAUCAACAGAAAGCCUUUGCAAAGGAGUUCAAGGCUGUUCCCAACUUUUUCCAGACUCUAUGUAGAAGAACACAAAUAGGUCCAUACUUGGCGCCGGAGUUGUAAAAAUAAAAAAUAAAGUAAAGU